UCCAAGAGAGAAAAUCUAUUUUACAAUUUUUUGCACAUCCAGAAAACACAGCUUGAGUGUCAGCAAAAGCUCCACGUCUGAACUAGUAACAAUGACACCUGGACAGAUGAAUGCCAUAGUACAUGAGAAACAAACAGCAACAGGAGAAUGGUUUGCCACUAUGUUUCCACAUGAGCCUUCUACUCCAGCACCAACCCAGAAGUGCCUCCCAGAUCAAGAUGCUGCUGGUGAGCAAGAUAUCAAUUCUGCUGAGAAUGUGGAUGACACUGAAGACAAUGAGGAAUUCCUAGAGAAGCUCAUAUCCAUUACCUCCAAGAGUUUACCGAAACUGGAGGUAGAGGAGAGAUACAACAUAACCAGAGAGCUAGGGAGUGGCUCCUAUGGACAUGUUCUACAGGUUCAGCAUCGUGAGAGAGGAAUCUCAAUGGCUUUGAAACUGAUGUCCAAGGAACACACAGGGAGACGGGAGUUCCUGUGGGAAUAUUGUAUUUCUCUCUGCCUUUCUUCACACCCUACACUUCUUCGAACCAUUGGCAGUGCUUUUGAAUCAUCUACACAUUAUGGAUUUGCACAGGAGCUGGCACCGGCUGGAGACCUCUGCAGCAUUCUGAACUCGGGGGAGGGACUUCCUGAGGUGCAAGUGAAACAGUGUGCAGCCCAAUUGGCUGAUGCCCUGGAUUUCAUGCAUGGCAAAGCCCUUGUACACCGGGAUAUAAAACUAGACAAUGUGCUGCUUUUUGACCAAGAAUGCCAGCUGGUGAAAUUAGGUGACUUUGGCCUGACACGACUGGAAGGCACCCUCAUAUCUGCUAUGUCUACUGUCCUGCCAUAUUCCCCACCAGAACUGUGCCUGCUAGAGAAGACAGAGUCUCUAGCUCUGGACUCAAGCCUUGAUAUUUGGGCUUUUGGAGUGCUGUUGUUCUGUAUCUGUACUGGUUGCAUCCCUUGGGAUAUGGCAAUGAGCCCUGAUCCUAAGUUUGAAGAAUUUAGCAUCUGGCAAAAUCGCACAAUACCAGGUGAGGCUCCAGGCCUGUGGAAAGUUUUCACAGCUCCUGCCUUGCGUAUGUUCUGCCGCAUCAUGGCUCUUGACCCUAACCGUCGUAGCCCUGCUAUUGAAGUGAACAAAUACUUGCAUUUGCCUUGGCGAGUGGGUACUUCUGAAGAAACCCAGGAUGAUUUAUUGAAGACAAUUAAUUCUGAGGCCUGUCUUAAGGGACCUAGUGAGGACAAUACUGAACUGGGCAGAAACCCCAAGGAGAAUUGCCUUCAGCAAAUGCAACUCGACGUCAUUCCCCCGGAGAAAACUCAUACCAUACAGAUGGGUCCCAAUCCUGGAAGCAGUCCCAGUCCACAUGAAGGUUCAAGGCUAAAGGGACCUGGGCUUGAGCCCUGAAGAAAGUAUCAGCUCUGAAAAUAAUGGU